AUGAUCUGCCACAUUCCUCUUCUGCUCACUGUCAAAUGCUUUCAUCAGAUCAAUGAACACCACACAGUCCCGACACUUCUCCUGCAGCUGCCAGAGAACAAACACCAUGUCUGUUAUGCUCCUGUUGGUUCUGAAGCUGCACUGACUCUCUGGAAAGUGAUUUUCCACGAUGACAGGAACACGAUGCCUAUUCAGCAGAAUCCUUGCAAGGAUCUUUCUUGCAAUGGAGAGCAGAGUAAUCCCUUGGUAAUUGGAGCAGUCAGAUUUUUCCCCAUUUUUUUUGUACAGGGCAAUGAUGACUGCAUCGUGGAGAUCUUGUUCUUUUUUUCCCUGCUCCUAAUAACAGCAAAAGAGCACAUGGAGUUUCACAAGCAACACUGGGCAUCCAUGCUUCCAGAAUUCAGAGUUUUCUCUUUUCAUUUCCAACUUCAUCUCCACACACUUCUUUAUUUCUAUCUUCUUUUCCACUUUCUCUCAUUAUUUCCCUAUCUUUUUCUCUUAAUUUUUACCCUUCCUACUCUUUUUAUUCUCUCACUUUUUCACACUUUAUAUUUCUAUGCCUGUUACCCUCUUGUUCUCUUUUUUACUAUCAGCUCAUCUGUUCUCCCUUUCUUUGUCAGUCUUUUCUUUCUCCCUCUUUUAAAAACUCUAUUUCACCCCAUUUAUCAUACCUGUCUAAUUUAUCUCUCUUCUUGUUCUAUACUUUCCUCUUUCUUUUUCUGUAAACUGCUUCUCUCUACUCUCUCUUUCUCUCUAAUACCAAGCUUUUGGUUUCAUUUGGAGUUUAUCUAUCUUCCAUUGAUUUUUUUCUUAUCUCUUUCUCUUUGCUUUUUAUUUCAUUCUCUCUUUUCUACAAACUUUUAUUCUUUCUGGAACAUUGUCUCUUCUGUUUAUUUCUCUUUAUUUAUCCUUAUCUUUUUUCUCUUUAUUAUCUCUUCUUGUUCUAUACUUUCCUCUUUCUUUUCUGUAAACUGCUUCUCUCUACUCUCUCUUUCUCUAAUACCAAGCUUUUUGGUUUCAUUUGGAGUUUAUCUAUCUUCCAUUGAUUUUUUUUAUCUCUUUUCUCUUUGCUUUUAUUUCAUUCUCUUUUCUAAACUUUUUAUUCUUUCUGGAACAUUGUCUCUUCUGUUUAUUUCUCUUUAUUUAUCCUUAUCUUUUUUUCUCUUUAGUUUUUUCCAUUUAAAGUUUCUUUUUCAUUUUCUCUACAUCAAUAUUUUCUACCUUUCUUUAUAUUUUAUAUCAUUGUAUUUUUUACCUGUCAGCAUUUAA